CCCAAGUCAUCGGCACCUUCAAGCACACACCUCGACCAGUUCAACUUAUCAAAACCGGACCCCCUCACUCGGACCAGUCACGAUGCUCAUCAGCAAGCAGAACCGCCGCAUCAUUUACGAGCAGCUCUUCAAGGAGGGCGUCCUCGUCGCCCCCAAGGAGUUCAACCGCCCCUCGCACCCCGACCUCACCACGGUCCCCAACCUCGAGGUCAUCAAGGCGAUGCAGUCGCUCACCUCGAAGGGCUACGUCAAGACCCAGUUCUCGUGGCAGUGGUACUACUACACCCUCACCGACGAGGGCCUCGCCUACCUCCGCGAGUACCUCCACCUCCCCGCCGAGAUCGUGCCCGUGACCCACACCAAGCCCGCCCGCCCCGCCGGCCGCCCCGCCGGCUACGGCGCUGGCCGUGAGGGCGGCUACCGUGCCCCCCGUGGCGACCGCGAGGGUGGCUACCGCCGCCGCGACGACGCCGCUGGCGACAAGGAGGGUGCUGGUGGUGACUACCGCCCCCGCUUCGGCGGUGUUGGCCGUGGCGCCGGUGCCCCCGCCUCGUAAAAUGCUCGAGAGAGAGUCUCUCUUCUCGGCUUUUCUACUGGGAUGACAGGUGCCCAUUCGUCUCGACAUCGCCUAGUCUUGUAGUCUAUGCAUUCGGGCGUUUGGUGCUUGAUUAA